UCCCAGAAUCAGUUCAUCAAUAAAAAGCCAUGACCCGCUUUCCUUUCUAAUUAUCGCGAUAGAGUCGAAUAGAUGAAGUGACACUCGCCAAAUUGCAGCAAAGCUUUGCUCGAGCACGACCAGAUAUGAAAAUGCAAGAUGAUUUUUUUUGCGGGCCAGCGUUACUUGAGACAGGCUGGUUAGCUGUGUCGGUGGCGUUGUUUAGCUGGCUCUGGGAGGCAGGAGGAUCUGAGGAGGAAGACCACCGUCCCUGACUGUGAGGGUCUGGAGAGGGUGCUGCCAAGGCUCCCAGCCACACACACACACACACACACACACAAAGCGAUUAAGAGAAGCAGCGCAUUUAACGGAGUGUUCUCUCAGACAAUUCCGGGGCAGGAGUGUCUCCCCGAGCCAACCUCAAAAAAAGCUCACAUCUUCCCCCGUACACUGGGCUCUGGAAUCCCUUCCAUCCCACUGACUUGGGAGUGGAACGGGGUGGGGGGAGAAGAGGAAGAGAGGAGUCCAACACAAUUCUUUCAGAGACAGUGACCGUCAGCGAACAGAGGAUUAUAAAUAAAACUGAGAGAAGCUGCUUUCAUUUGACCUACUCGAUGGGUUGAAGAGAAGACGUCUGCUCGUGAUGAACAUCUGGUAGAUCUGUACAAAUGUUUGCUGAUUCCCACGUCACAUUGCACAGCUUCUCUAUUCCAUCUUUGUGAUAUAUUCUGCACAUCAUUUGACAAUGUUUCUAAAAGGCAACACACUGGGAUUGUGGGAUGUAAGGUGUAGAAUGCUUCCUAUUCCGCAUUCAAAAGGACAACAUCAGAUCUGGCAGAUGAAUGGAGAGCCGCCUCCCUGGAUUUGGACUUCUCCAACUGUGCCUGGUCUUUUCAGAAUAAUUGCUCCUCCCCAGCUUCUUCCUCUGGCUUCUCCACUCAACCCGCCUGAAUUCCUACAAUCUCCAUUGGGAUGGCAGGUCCCUUAUGAUUCUUUCAUUCCUUUGAUGGUGAUGCCUUCUCCACCAGAACAAGCUGUUCUCCAACUUCAACAUCCAAAUACGCAGUGGGAUGGUAUAAUGCAUCCUUCGGUUCUAGGAUUUCCUCCACCAGUUGACUUUAUCCCUGUUGUUCCACAUAUGUACACCGCCUGGCGACCAUCAAGUAAAGGUUGGGAAGAAAAAUGGAAGCCCGAUUGCAAAGUAUAUUUCAAUAAUGCAAUUGCUGUGGAAUCAACCUGGGGAAAAUCAGAAGAAGUAAAUUUUUUUCAAGGACACAAAAUACCUGUUUUAAAAGCAAACCAAGUAGCAGUGGCAUUAUCAACAGUGAAUAAACCUACAACACCUACUGGAUCCAAACCCUUACUUGUGGUUACACCUCAAUCGAUAACUGGUGAUUGUGAAUCAACUUUUAAAUGGGUUACCAAUAACCAGGCUGUUGUAUUAGCUACAGCAGCAGCAGCAGCAGCAGCAAUGGUUACAGUUGAAACAGAAAAAAACCAGGAUCUUCCUCCUGCAAAUACACAACCCUAUCUACUGACGCUGUCUCCAAUCAAAAUACCAUUCGUAACAACACAUCUUCCAACAACAUCCUCCAGUUAUCCAAGCACUCGUUUCCUGAAACAGAUUUAUUGUCUCCAGAGAGAUUCAAGUAAACAUAAAUGUGGUCAACCUGCAAUUUGUGACAAUAGAAGCAUUGCCCAGUUUGAAGGAAGGAAUCUAAAUAAUGGCAAAGAAAAAGAACCUUAUGAACAAUCCUGUACUAAAUCAGAAGGGAAGACUGAAUCAGAUGAGAAUGGAGAAGAGAAAACAUCAAAGAAAGCAGCUGGUGAGGAAGGAAAGGUACGUCACCAGGCCAAGCCAGUGGCAUCGACUCCUGUUCCAGGUUCCCCUUGGUGUGUAGUCUGGACUGGAGAUGACCGUGUUUUCUUUUUCAACCCCUCAAUACAACUGUCAGUGUGGGAAAAACCUGUGGAACUUGAAGGUCGAGGUGAUAUUAACAAAAUUAUUCAAGAUCCUCCUCAUAAGCGGAAAAUAGAACUGGCAACAUCAAAGGAUGAAACUUCUAAUCAAGAGGAGGCAAAUGAGGAACACCUUAUGAAAACAAAGCGAAACAAAACUGAACAGUCGGAGAUUGCUAAUUCUGCAAAGGAAGAAAUGAAUAGAAAAAGUUUGGAAAAUACUCCGCACAGGACCAUUGCCCCAUUAGAAGAACGCAUUAAUCGUUUCCGGGAUAUGCUUCUGGAGAGAGGGGUCUCUGCAUUUUCUACUUGGGAAAAGGAGCUGCACAAAAUAGUGUUUGACCCUCGUUAUCUCCUUUUAAACCCUGAAGAACGUAAACAGAUUUUUGAACAGUUUAUCAAAGCAAGAAUAAAAGAAGAAUAUAAGGAGAAAAAGAGCAAACUUCUUCAGGCCAAAGAAGAAUUUAGAAAACUUCUAGAAGAAUCCAAACUCACUCCCAGAUCCACUUUCCAAGAGUUUGCAGAAAAAUAUGGAAGGGAUCAUCGAUUUAGAUUGGUGCAAAAGAGGAAAGAUCAAGAACACUUCUUCAAUCAAUUCAUAAAUAUUCUCAAAAAGAGGGACAAAGAAAACAGGGUUCGACUGAGGAAGAUCAGAUAAAGCUUUAUUAAAGCUUCACUGAAUGAACUGAGCUGCUCUGACAGAAUUGUUGACUAAGGAAUUCAGGCAGUCUCAUCUGUGUGGUUUUGGCUAAUUGCAUUAUGAAAACAUUUACAACUCAAGAUAGUAUUUUGAAUUUAAAAUUGCAGGUAAUACGAGUUCACACCUCCAUUAUAAACACAUACAUCGCUGUUGACUUUUUAUUAAAUUUGUAUUGUUAUUUAAAGCACAACUAUUACAUUGUUUCUUGUCAAUUAAGCAAAGUUUAGAGGAUGUCAUUUAAUUUCUGUGAAUAUUCAUCAAUUGUUCAGAAUCAGUACACUGUAACAGUGAAUUAGCUCCAUGAUAAUGAAAAUGCCCUCUUUUAGGAUGGAAGAAAUUUCAUCUAUCAAUAAUUAAACCCACUGACCUUCAGAUGACUAGCUAUCCACACUGUGUAGAAGAUUAGUGCACAGGCACUUCAGUGUGAAAUUAUUCUCUGCAGAUUGUGCUGAUAAUAGUGACAUUCACAUAAUUUUUACUGCUCUAAACAAGCAGAGAUUGCAAAUUAUGAUUGAGAACAUUUGGCUUUUGGACGCUAAUACAAGGUGGCAUGAUCUGAAGGCCAUUGUUUUAAUUAUUGCUUUAUAUUUUAAAAAGCUUGUUCUUAAAAAGUAUAAAUAGGACGUUCAGCUCUUAACAUUAAACUCACCAACAGAUUAUUCCAGUCACAGUAACAGUGGAGCAGGAAUAGGUUCUGCCAGUAGUACCAGCUAAUUGAAUUGCACUGUUAAAAUUAAAAUUGCAGUAUUUAAGAAAAUGAUACGGUAAAUUUAGUUCAGUUAUGUAGUCUGUAUUUUUAUCAGUGUAUGAAAACAGUGAUGGCAAGAUUGAAAACAGUACAGUACAAAAUAUUUACAUUAAUGUGUGCUCUUUAUUAUAUUUGUUUUGCUUCUAGUGAGUUAUUGCUCAUGAAGUGCAGAGUGCCUAAUUAGUAGUGCUAGUUUGAUGUUUAAAACAUUAGAAGAGACUGAACAUUCUAAAGUUUGGCUUUUUAUAAUGUAAUUAUUUUAAACUGUGCUUGUGGUAAAGUAACCCAUUUACAGUACAGAUUUGUAAUGUAAUGCCUUCAGACAACACCUAAGUAGUUUUUGCAACCAUCUGUAGGAUUUAAGCAGUAUUUCAUUUUUAUCACAAGUGAUAUUAAUUUCCAUUAUAUUUUAUGGUUGAAUAAGUUCAGUGAUUUCUUUUGAAAGUAUGUACAAA